GUUAAUGCGGUGGCGGGCAAUGUGGCAGAUCCUUUUAAGGGUGACCGCCACCGCUCACGCGCUCGCUCGUCAAUGCCGGAACCUUUUUGAACCACACGCGUGACCGAUGACUUAAUUGUUCUUAAUUGUUUGGCUUCUGGUGACCUAAUGGGAGGCGGGCCUAAAAUGGCUUCUGCUGGCAGCAGGUCCCAACACAUUCUCGCAGGAUGGAAACCUGUCCGAGCCUUGUUGUCACAGCGACUGCUCACCUCGGCUUCAUUAGUCGCCGAUAUCUCCGGGCGACAAACACGUCCAACUUUCAUCAGCCGCUCAAACGCGUGUCCAGAAAUGAGUCACGUCCCUUACCCAUUCUCUUCUCUAGAGAUGACAGCACAUAAUAGACAAAUCAAUGCGAUCUCACCCUGCUUAUCAAAGAUUCGGAGCCUACACACAAACAAGAGGUCUGAUGUUGCGACUAUGCGCGUGUGUGUGUAGGAGUGAGUGUGUGUUCAUGAGCGUGCUUGUCAGGGCUCCUUUAUAAAAGGUCUGGAGGUCGAGAUUUCUCCAUUUUUCUGCUGAGGAUCUACUCUCUUCACGGGAAGAUGCAGAUGUGUGACAUCCCUGUGCGGCGGCUGGUGGUCUUUGUGCUCCUGGUGCUCCUCCCCACCGGGCUGUGUGAGCAGAACCAGAGUCGCCGAGCGGUGGCCGAGCACCAGCUGCUGCACGACCGCGGUCGCAACAUCCAGAGCCUCAAGCGGCUCAUCUGGCUGUCGGGGGCCAUGGAGGGGCUGCACACGGCUCAGACGCGCUCGCUGGUGGCACCGGUGGUCCGGGAGGCCCCCGAGGACGAGGACGACCCUGACGUGGCCGCUCUGCUACGCCGGCUCCUCAGAUACUUCUUUCAGAGUCCUUACGGGACGCGCGCGGUCCAGCGAGAGGCCUGAACCCCUCGGCUCCGUCAAAACCUGACUCCUUGCUGCAAAAUGGAAUGCGGUAUAGUGGAUAUCAAAAGUCUACACACCCCUGUUCAAAGGCCAGGUUUUUGUGAUGUGAAAUAAAUGAGAUCAAGAUAAAUCAAUUCAAAAGUAUUUCCACCUCAAUCCCCAACAGAUGGGGGGGAAACAUGUAUAUUCAUUGCAGACAGUUUUGUAUGAACUACCUACAAGUGGCACUUGAGUAAAAGUAUAAUGUAUCUAUGUAUUUACAAAAUGUAUGCGUUGUCUAUAUCAUGUAUUUCUCCGUCAAGUUUUAGCUGCAUACGAAUGCUGUAAACAAGACCUUCAGUGUGGAAA